UUUAUGGAUGAUAAUAAGAAAUGGAUAUGAACAGGAAAUAGAUAUAAACUUGUUGUGUUGUACUUUGAUCAAUUAUAAUGAGAAUCUGUAAGAAACUUAUCAGGAAAAGGAGCUUACAAUUCUUGGGAAUCGGCAGUUGUUUCCUUGUGGACAUGUGAGCUACCUUUAUAAAAGCGUUCCUCUUUCUCCAUCUGAACAGAACCUACAGAAACUACUUAUGAAAUACUAUCAGAAAACUGUAACUAUGGCGAUAAUGACCAUCCUGCUUCUAAGCGGUGCCUUUGCACUGGGCGAUGCAAAGUCCUUGAUGGAGGCCAACCUGGACCAGAUCCCUGCUUUUCAACCCAUACUGAAGACCAAUGGUGAACUUAUUCCUCAUAUGCAGGAGAUGGGUGGUGAAGGCAACAGCAUUGAACAGAGCCCAGGUCUCCAGAUGUUUGAGGAAAUUGAUGCUGUUAAGGAUCCAGCUGACGUGAAUGACCUGGAAACUCUGGAUCCCUCAGUAGAGAUGGAUGGAGAACAGGGCUUGUAUCAGGAGGCUUUUCAGGGAACAGGGGAGAGGUUGGAGGAGACAGAGGGCAGGAGCGCAUGUCCCUCUGGCUGGUCCAAAUACAGAUCCCGCUGCUUCAGGUACAUCAGCACUGAAAGGACAUGGGCCGAGUCUGAGCAGUUCUGUGUGUAUCAGGGAGACAACCUGGCAUCCGUCCACAGCAGAAUAUAAUUUCAUACAGGAGAUGGUGAUGAUACAAAGUGGGGGAUUUCCUCGCGCCUGGAUUGGAGGUUAUGAUCUUGCUCAGGAAGCCCUAUGGCUCUGCAGCGAUGGGUCCAGAUUUGACUUCACCAACUGGAGCAA